GUUCAAGCCAAGUCUGUCAACAGCCGGCAAAGCGCGAAGACGUUUCGGUUAUUUUGUUGUUUCUUUUUUAUUUCUUACCUUUUCUUAUUCGGAGUCUCAAGUCGCGUUCGGGCCGCCUUUAAUGGCCCCUUUCCUCAUGCUUCAAGAAUGUGUUAAUUCGGUGAUUCAGUGACAACAACCGGCAAAGGCAAAGGCAACGGCAACGGCAGAGCCCAGAGCUUAUGCAUACUCGCACAACGGCAGCGACAACAUUUUAUUUUUGAUUUGCAUAAAAAAGUAAACAAAAGCAGCCAAUAAAAACUAAAAAUAAAAAAAAUAUACAAUAAGUAUACCAUCAACAACAACAACAAGCACAGGAAGAAGCACAAGAAGCAAAACCGAAGAUGAGCAUAUUUAGGCAUCAUCGAAAGCGUCUGGAGCUGCUCUUGAUGCUGCUGAUCGGCCUGGUUUGGGGUAUCCUAUUGUCCCAGCUCUUUCAAAGAGCGCAAUCGGAGUUCUACAGCGGAGAUCUGACUUCCCAGAGCAGCAGCUUCAGCAGCAAUUACCUGCCAAGUGGCUACAUUUGGAGGACUUCGGAUCCAUCGUACCAGCUGACAACCAUGCCCAACAACCUGACCACUGACGAGGUAGAUCUUUCUGUGCGGCUCUUCAACGAGACCCGCGUGCUGUGCAUGGUGCUGACCAGUCCGAAGACCCACCGGUCCAGAGCCAUUCACAUCAAGCGCACCUGGGGCUCGCGCUGCAACAAGUUGAUCUUUAUGAGCACCAAGUCGGACAAGGAGCUGGGCACGGUGGCGCUCAAGGUGAAGGAAGGAUACAGCAACCUCUGGGGAAAGACUCGAGCUAGUCUGCAGUAUGUGUACAAGCAUGAUUUUCGCAACUAUGAUUGGUUCCUCAAGGCGGACGAUGACACUUAUGUGGUAAUGGAGAACCUCCGUUCCUUUCUGUACGCGUUCGCGCCAACGGCGCCUGUUUACUUUGGCAGCAAGUUUAGGUGGCACGUGAAGCAGGGCUAUAUGUCGGGAGGAGCUGGCUAUGUGCUCAGCAAGGAGGCGCUGUUUCGGUUUAUGAAAUACGGCUUAAGCAACAGCAGCAUCUGCAGCAAUCGCAGCUACGGCUACGAGGAUGUGGAGCUCGGACGCUGCAUGCAGGCGGUGGGUGUUGUGGCAGGGGACUCCCGGGAUGAGCAUGGUCUGGCCCGCUUCAUGCCCUUCUCCCCGCUGCACUGGUUCUCGGACUCGCCGAAAUGGUACAGACCCUAUCGUUUCUACACCUCGUCAAAUAGCACCAACGAUUGCUGCUCGAACUCGGCCAUCUCCUUCCACUACAGCAAUGCCAAGGACUUCUACGUGCUCGACUAUGUCAUCUACAAGCUGAGAGCCUUCGGCAUAGGCAUACCUCAGGAGCAGCUGCCAGUGAAGCAGCCAGUCCUGGAGGUAUUGCAAAAGUGGCGAACUUCGAAGCCUGAAGAGCUUACGCCAAAUAAAGAUAACAAAGCUAAGGAAAAACCAAAACUAAAGGUUAAAACCAAAGCCAUACCAAAAGCGAAACAUAAGCCCGAGGCCAAACCCAAACCCAAACCCAAGCACAAAACUACACACAAAACUACACAUAAAACUACACACAAAACUACACCCAAAGGAUCAGAAAAAACAUCACUCAAACAGAAUCCUUCAAUAACACCCAAACCUAAAGUCAAAUCUGAGUAG